AAUGCUCGAUGGCAACAAAAUGGUAUCACUGUAGCUGGAGGAAAUCAACAAGGCAAUGGAAUCAAUCAACUCUCAAACCCAUCGGGUUUGUAUGUUGAUGAUGAUCAAACAAUCUAUGUUGCUGAUCGAGCGAAUCACCGUAUUGUGGAAUGGAAACGAGGUACAACGAGUGGCCAAGUGGUUGCCGGUGGAAAUGGACCAGGAAGUGGAGAUCAUCAAUUGUCUAACCCAACAGAUGUGAUUAUCGACAAAGAGAGAGAUAGUCUCAUCAUAUGCGAUACUUCGAAUAGAAGAGUGGUUCGAUGGCCUCGUCGAAAUGGAACAAGUGGAGAAACAAUCAUCUCCAACAUCUCUUGUUGGGGUUUGACAAUGGACGAGAAUGGAUCUCUCUAUGUCACUGACUAUAGAAGAGAUGAAGUGAGACGAUAUCGAAGAGGAGAAUCUCAAGGAACAAUGGUUGCAGGUGGCAAUGGACGUGGAAAUCGUCUCGAUCAACUCUCUUACCCAACAUACGUAUUCGUCGAUCGAGAUCAUUCAGUGUAUGUAUCUGAUUGGAACAAUCAUCGUGUGAUGAAAUGGAUAGAAGGUGCAAAACAAGGUAUUGUCGUGGCUGGUGGUCAAGGACAAGGAAAUGAUCUUACACAAUUGUUAUCUCCUCUAGGAGUCGUUGUCGAUCAAUUGGGCACUGUCUAUGUGGCUGAUGAAGGGAAUAAUCGAAUCAUGCGUUGGCCUAAAGGAGCCACCCAAGGAAGUGUCAUUGUUGGUGGAAACGGUAGUGGAGAACAAUCGAACCAACUCCAUUUGCCCGCCGGUUUGUCAUUCGAUCGACACGGGAAUCUCUAUGUCGUCGAUUGGGGAAAUCGUCGAGUCCAAAAAUUCGACCUUCAAUCCAAUCCAAAGUGA